UAUCCACUGAUUAUGGGGCAGCUAUUUCAGUGGUGGUGGGGAAUAGAAGGAGUAAUGUUGACAGGUCAGCAGGCCAUGGCAGGGGAAGGGAAAUUAGAAGUGUAACUGCUAUCUCCCCUUCUGGCUGUCCUCCCAGCUCUUUGACCUAGGAAAGCAAUGAUAACCACACCCACAGAUCAUCGACUUGCUGCUUUGUAAUGCCAGGUCAGUCCAGGAUAAACCUGAAAUUGUUCUGACUGGGACCAGCUCCUGAAUGACUCAGCAGUUCCUUGGGUCACCUGCUCAACUUUGGGCUUUAUAGAAACGCUGCUUGUGACUUCAGGUUAAAUCCAGCCCAGCAGAGGAGAGGGAGAGUCCAUCCACUUCCCACCGAGUGCUGCCUGGGGUGAGAGACCAGGAUAUUCCACAAUAUUACUCCAGCGGGAAUCUGUUUUUCCUGUGUUGUACUUGACAGAAUCAAAGACUGCUUGCAAGAUGGCUGGAAAACCCAAACUGCACUACACCUGUGGGAGAGGGAAAAUGGAAUCCAUCCGCUGGCUACUUGCAGCAGCUGGAGUGGAGUUUGAGGAACAAUUUAUAGAAACAAAAGAAGACUUGGAAAAAUUACGUAAUGAUGGAGUCCUACUCUUCCAGCAAGUCCCCUUGGUGGAAAUUGAUGGCAUGAAGAUGGUGCAGACACGAGCUAUCCUCAGCUACAUUGCAGCAAAGCACAAUCUCUACGGGAGAGAUCUGAAAGAGAGAGCAUUGAUUGACAUGUAUGUGGAAGGAACCACUGAUCUGAUGGGGUCGAUUAUGGUUCUCCCUCUCCAGCCACCUGACAACAAAGAAAAGCAAUUGGCCCUAGUAAUUGAGAGAGCCACAACCAGAUACUUUCCAGUGUAUGAAAAGGUCUUAAAAGACCACGGACAAGAUUUCCUUGUUGGUAAACAGUUUAGUUGUGCAGAUGUACACCUGCUUGAAGCUAUUCUAAUGACAGAGGAGCUGAAGCCAGAUAUUCUCUCCAAAUUCCCACUGCUGCAGGCCUUCAAAACAAGAAUCAGCAACAUUCCUACCAUUAAGAAAUUCUUGCAGCCUGGCAGCCAGAGAAAACCCAUACCAGAUGAGAAGUAUAUCGCAAAGGUCCGGAAAAUCUUCAGCAUAUGAAAGCAGCAACUGUGAAGAUCAUUGUCUCAGAUCCACGCUACUUGUCUACGUACACUACCCACUAUAUAGCUCACGUUAUGUGAAAGAUUAGUUCAUAAGAUAGUGUUUCCUCUUAGGUUUCAUAGUUCCUAAAACUGUUCUGGAAAGUGUUAACAAAUGCUCGUUAUCCAAAUAAGUAGUUUACCUAACCACUCUCUUGUAAAAGCACCAGUACUUUGAAAACUCACUUCACAUAAGCAGCAUCAAGAGUGUGGUAGACUCUGUCUCAAAAGGCUUAGCCUAAACAACAAAUAUUUAUAUACUGCUUUUCAACAAAAGUUUCCAAAGCAUUUUUCACAGAGAAAUAAUAAACAAGAUCUCUGCCUCCAAAGGGCUCACAGUCUAAAAAGAAACAUGAGACAGACACCAGCAAGAGUCACUGGAGGGAUGCUGUGCUGGGGGUGGAUAGGGCCAGUUGCUCUCCCCCUGCUAAAUAAAGAGAAUCGUUUAAAAGGUACCUCUUAGCCCAGUUAUAGCAGGGCUAACUGAAUAAACGACAUGGCAUUAGUAAAGCUUAAAUGGUUAAGAGAAAGUUACCACUAACUAUUCCUUGCUUGUGGUUUCUUUAACGCCAAACACAUAAUCGUUAUUGUGUAGUAAUUCAGUCAUUAACAAAAUGAUAUGCUUUAAUUAAAUACAUUUCUCUCUC